GACUGGGCGCAUAGUGCGCAGCCGCCCUCUCCCCUUCCCCGCACGUGAUGAGGCUUCAAGGGCCAUCACGUGAGGCGGGCAGAGAGCGCGCGGGUGGGGCCGGGUUCUGUGGAGCCUCGCGAGGAGCAAAGUGCGGCUGCAGACUGGGCAGGAUUCAACGGGCUUGAAGAGCCAUGCCCAAGUAUUGCCGUGCUCCGAACUGCUCCAACACUGCGGGCCGACUGGGCGCUGACAACCGCCCUGUGAGCUUCUACAAGUUCCCACUGAAGGAUGGCCCCCGGCUGCGGGCCUGGCUGCGGCACAUGGGCCAUGAGGACUGGGUGCCCAGCUGCCACCAGCACCUGUGCAGUGAGCACUUCACACCUUCCUGCUUCCAGUGGCGCUGGGGUGUGCGCUACCUGCGGCCUGAUGCAGUGCCCUCCAUUUUCUCCCCAGUGCCGCCUACUGAGAAGCAGCAGAGUACCUGAAGCACCGAGAAGCCAGUCGUGUCUCCCUCCCCACCGGGCGUCACGCCCCCCGACCCCUGGCCCAGCUCUCUCGUCCCCUGGCCCUGUGCACCUUGUGGUACUAGGGCCAGCACCCAGAGGCUCCGAGGCCUCAGCCACCGUGUUCCUGGCCCCCCUGAUCCUUCCUCCUGCUCCUGCCAGGCCACGGCCUGGAGUCCGGGCCCAGCACCCUCUGGCCGGGCUGGGCACUAUCCUGGGAGCACUGCAACGUCGCGUGCGGAGGCCGUAGCGGCGCCAGGAGCAGCACCAGGUGCAGCCCCCACCAGAACAGCUGGCGCAGCAGCUGUGCAAGGAGAGCCUGCCGGCUGGGCGCACCAGGACCUGCUCUGCCUGCUCAAUGUGGCCACCUGGCCCCCGUGGCAUAUGUAUUUUCCUUUAAAAGUCAGAACAUUUCA